CGUAGAAUAAGGACAAACUAUCUUAUAACUUAGCUCUUAAUAGAUAAACUUACGCUAGUUCUUAGUACCAUGUUGAAUGACGUUGUAUACGCCGUGCGUAUUUUCUGCCAUGAAGCUAUUUGAAGGCCGCGAAGCCCUCGCAGCCAACGACGCUAUAAAAAAUCAAGCACAAUAUCUCACCUUCUCGACCAAACGAAAAAUCCACCUAACAGAUAUCUCAAGUCAUACAAGAGUAUAGGCAACAUGGUUUCUUUCACAGUAUUCAGGGGUUCGAAAGAGGGGUCCAUCGUAGAAGGAACUACAACCAGAGAAAUACGUGAGGAUGAGGUACUCGUGAAGGUGACACACUCGGGUGUUUGUGGAACAGAUGAGCAUCGGAGGCACACGGAUAUGGUACUUGGACACGAAGGAGUCGGAAUAAUCGAGGAUAUCGGAAGCGCCGUCAAAAGCCACUCAAUCGGCGAGCAUGUUGGGUGGGGAUAUUUUCACAACUCAUGCGGUGUUUGCAAGCAGUGCCUGUUGGGGAGAGAUAAUCUCUGUGCGCAAGUUGAGAAGUACGGCAAAUCAAACCUAGAUCAGGGAUCCUUUGGCACCUACGCGGUCUGGAAAGCAUCAUUUGUAUUCAAACUUCCAUCAACGAUAAGUCUGGAAAACGCAGCACCUCUAAUGUGCGGCGGAGCCACGGUUUUCCAUGUGUUAAAGAGCUCGAAUGUUAAAUCAUCAGACCGAGUCGGCGUCGUCGGAAUCGGGGGCCUAGGCCAUCUCGCUAUUCAAUAUGCCGCCAAGAUGGGCUGUGCGGUCGUCGCUUUCUCUGGCACAGAAGACAAGAAGGAAGAAGCCAUGAGGUUAGGCGCAACACAAUUCGUCGCCACAGCAGGAGUGGAAACGCUCGAUAUUGGAGAGCCGCUCGACCACCUCUUGGUCACCACAUCGUUUCAACCGGACUGGGACCGUUUUCUGGCUAUCAUGGCGCCACAGGGAAGCAUCUACCCUGUCACGGUCAGCGAUCACAAUCUGAGCAUUCCUCCCGGUGUAGUGAUUGGCAAGGAGCUGCGAAUCAUAGGCUCACUAGUUGCUCCGCGUCAGGUGUAUCGGGAGAUGAUCGAUUUUACUGCCUUGCACAAUAUCAAGCCAAUCAUUGAAACAUUUCCCAUGACGGCACAAGGAGCCACCGAGGCAAUGGAUAAGCUGCGAGCUGGAAAGAUGAGGUACAGAGGGGUGUUAGCCGCUUAGUGUAGACAGUUUGUAUUUUUUGUAUCUACAGGAGCAUACAGAGUCUUACCAAUUCAUUUAUGAUCACUGUUUAGACCUGCGGUUCGUCUACGUGACAACAGUUGAUAGAAAAAUAAAUGGUAAAAACAG